AUGCGUACUCACUGUAUACCUUAUGGGCGGAGAGACAAGUAUGAGCAAUUUAAGAUAAGGCAUAGGGUGAUGCGGGACAUGAUUAAAAAGCAUGGAAUCAAAUAUUGUUGUGAGAGUGGUAUGAUGUGGGGACCAGUAGAAGCAUGGAAUACGGUGUUUAGGGUCGACCCUAUCAGUGUGGCCUAUAAAACUCUUGGAGACCCCUUAUGGGUAGAGUUGCAGCAAAUGUUUGGAGAGGUCAACGAGGAAACAGUCCAUCCGGCUGUGCAAAGUAGCGCUGGGAAUGGCUUUAUGCCUGUUCAGGUUGAUGUCGAUAGCCUGAAAGGAAAGCAUCCACUUGAGUAA